AUGGAAGCACUUUAUAAUAAACACACAUGCAAAGACUCUGAAUUGAUUAAAAUUAUUCUUAAAUUUAAUCCAGAUCUGAAUAAGACCGAACCAAACGGAAAUUCUGCGAUAUCUUAUGCAUCUCACCAUAACAAUAAAGAAAUUUAUCAACUUCUUUUACAACUUGGAGCUAAACAAAACUCUUAUCAAUCUCAUUGGACGUAUAACUAUUCAGAUGGUGGCAUGGAUGCAACAUCGGAUGAUGACGAACCUUACUACUAUAUUGAUGAUAGUGAUGACUUCUUUUGA